GCACCCAGUGAGUAAUGACAUCGCGGGGAGGGGGAGGAGAGAGAGAGGGGCAGGCUCGGCGAGGCCAUGUGAUGCUGGGCGCCAGCGAGCCGCCGCCGAGCCGCCUCCUUCCUCCUCGGAUCUCGGGCUGUCAUGGCGACCCCCAACAACUUGACCCCCACCAACUGCAGCUGGUGGCCCAUCUCCGCGCUGGAGAGCGAUGCAGCCAAGCCGGUGGAGGCCCCCGACGCACCCGAGGCAGCCAGCCCCGCCCAUUGGCCCAAGGAGAGCCUGGUUCUGUACCACUGGACGCAGUCCUUCAGCUCCCAGAAGGUGCGGCUGGUGAUCGCAGAAAAGGGCCUGCCCUGUGAAGAGAGGGAUGUGAGCCUGCCUCAGAGCGAGCAUAAGGAGCCCUGGUUCAUGCGGCUCAACCUGGGUGAGGAGGUGCCAGUCAUUAUCCACCGAGACAACAUUAUCAGUGACUACGACCAGAUCAUUGACUACGUGGAACGCACCUUCAUAGGAGAGCAUGUGGUGGCCUUGAUGCCCGAGGUGGGCAGCCCACAACAUGCCCGAGUGCUGCAGUACCGGGAGCUGCUGGAUGCACUGCCCAUGGACGCCUACACACACGGCUGCAUCCUGCACCCUGAGCUCACCACGGACUCCAUGAUCCCCAAGUAUGCCACGGCCGAGAUCCGCAGACAUUUAGCCAAUGCCACCACAGACCUCAUGAAACUGGACCAUGAAGAGGAACCACAACUCUCUGAGCCCUACCUUUCUAAACAGAAGAAGCUUAUGGCCAAGAUCCUGGAGCAUGAUGAUGUGAGCUACCUGAAGAAGAUCCUCGGGGAGCUGGCUAUGGUGCUGGACCAGAUUGAAGCAGAGCUGGAGAAGAGGAAACUGGAGAAUGAGGGGCAGAAGUGCGAGCUGUGGCUCUGUGGCUGUGCCUUCACCCUGGCGGAUGUCCUCCUGGGAGCCACCCUGCACCGCCUCAAGUUCCUGGGACUGUCCAAGAAAUACUGGGAAGAUGGCAGCCGGCCCAACCUGCAGUCUUUCUUUGAGAGAGUCCAGAGACGCUUUGCCUUCCGGAAAGUCCUGGGUGACAUCCACACCACCUUGCUGUCAGCUGUCAUUCCCAAUGCAUUCCGACUGGUCAAGCGGAAACCACCAUCCUUCUUUGGGGCGUCCUUCCUCAUGGGCUCCUUGGGUGGGAUGGGUUACUUUGCCUACUGGUACCUCAAGAAAAAAUACAUCUAGAGCCAGGCCAGGGCCUGGUGUGUGACUGGCGGUGUCUCUGUGCUAUGUGCUUCCCAACUCCCUCUCAGUAACUUACUGUCCCAUGAGCACUGGACAGAACUUCCUGCCCCUUCUUCCUAGUAAUUCUAUUGUCAGUGUGACAACAUUCCAUAGUUUAGAAGUAGACAUUGUCAACGCCGUGAUUUGAGGCCACGGCUCUCCCAGAGGACACAGAGAAAAAGCGCGAGAAAGGAAACCCGAAUGUCUUUUCUUCUGAUUCAAGGACUCAAGACGUUACUGUGGGGACUGGUUAGGAUCUGAGGUGAGUCCCAGGAGGUUCCACCCAGCAGGGCCCAGAUUCUGGGAGGUGCUGGGGACUCAAAGGACCUGACCCCAGCCUCCCCUUCCCUCUUGGCAGGGACUUCUUCUGUAGGACAAAGCCAACAUGGAGACUCAACUCAUCCAACCAGUACCUCUGUCUGGGACUGGAGAGCCAAAGUCCCUGUGGGAGGCCUCUGAGGAUCGAAAGGGGUCUCAUUC